CGUGACGUGACCGCGAGACACCACCGACCGCCGCCACGCCACGACGCGCGCUGCCAACCGGUGACGGGAAGGAGCGCGAUAUCACCCUUUGUUCUUCGCGUAGAGCGAGAGUGCGUGGACCCCAUACGACGACGUACGCGAAUAUAAUUUCCCUUCCGAGUCAAGGUGAGUGAGACAGGACAAUAAAUAUGUCAGACGACAAUUCGCCUGUGGUGGAGGAGCAAAAAAAGAAAAGAGGAAGACCAUCCAAGACGGAUAAGAACGCUGUUAAAGAACCCAAAAAGAGAGGGAGGCCCGCCGCGGAAAAAAAUAACGCGGUACGCCCCGCGAAAUCUGAUAACGAGGAUGACGCACCACCUGGUCCCGUUAAAAAGGGUAGAGGUAGACCUAAAGGUUCCCACAAGAAGAAGCAAGGACCACCAAAAGGCACAACUACUUCGCCACGCGGUCGCGGUAGACCGAAAAAGACAGAAGAGAAACCCGAGCUAACUGGUGAGGAUGAAGACGAGCAAGAAGAAGAGGAGGAGGAAGAGGAGAAUUGAAGCAUCCGGAGAUGCAAUAGGGGAGGACGAAACUAACACAGCUGAUUUAUCCUUCCAAGAUCUUUAAAUAGAAAAUCAAAUUGCGUUCAAUCAUUUCAAGGUUCACUUUUCUUAUUUUAACCUCGGAAAUUUUGAACUAAUAUUGAAGUGCUGGACAUUGUCUUCACCGAUUUUUGGAAUUUUUUUUACAAAUUCCAAUUUGCGAUGCACAUUGCCACACUCGCGGACAAAUUCAAAAAGAAACGUUGGAUACAAAAGUUGUGUUAUAAAUUUAUUAAGUUCUUUAUAUUUACUUGACAUCACUAUUAAUCAUUAAAUGAAAUCAUACUUUUAAGUGCUAAGACAUAAAUGUGUAACCUUCUUUAACAGUAAAAAAGACUGGAUUAAAAUGCAGAUCUCGAAACAGUUUUUUAAUUUGCCCGAGAAGUGAGGUUUAAUAAUUUCUUUUUCUAAGAAACACGCAGUAUAGAGAGUAUUGUGUCACAUAUUUGCUACCUCCUUUUCUCCUUCAUAUGCAUAUUACAAUUUCACAAAGCCAAAAAAAGGAAAGAAUUACAUACCAAUUGAAUAUUGUAAGAGAUAGAGAAAGAUAAAAAAUACUUCUUGUAUGUAACAUAUGCAGGGACUAUUCUUUUCUAAUUAAUACUAAUAACUACAUCAUCUUAAUGAAUGUAUAUUACUGUCGUUUUGAGGCAAGCAUAUGUGUGAAUGUCAAAUUUGUAUUAAAGUAAAUAAACUCGAAGUACUCUUAUU